UUUUUAAAGUAGCUCUUGUUUAGAUUUUUUAGGAUUUAUAGACAGCUGUCUUGUACUUGCAAUUGUUGCUGGUAUUUUUUGAGAGGCAGGUAGAAAGACCACUUGGUGAAUUUUAAUUUUAUGUACAUUUUAAUAUCGGUUGACGCCAACCACAGCAACCUGUGUAUCCAUGGAGACGCCAGAGCCGGGCCCAGCAGAUGGAGAGGAGCGUCUGGUGGAGCUGCGACCUCGGACGCGCUCCAACCCUGAAGGUGCUGAGGACCGUCGCAGCAGCACGGGUAGCCUUGGAGGAAGCAGUAACCCUAACAUAUCUCAGCCCGCUGUGGGAAGUCGUGUUGAGGGGGAGGGCGAGGCUUCAACCAGCGACAGUCCUCCGAGUUCCACUACCACAACCGUCUCAGCAGCUGCAGCUCAGACUGUACCCCCUGCAACAGCAGCAGCAGCAGCAGCAGCCAGCUCCACGGUGCCACUAUCCACUGCUGCUGUUGCAGCAAAAGAGAGGCCAAAGCCCACACAGCAGCAGCCCACAUUGACAACCUCCAUCCCUCCACCAGCAGAAUACCAGCUCAGAGUUCCCCGUGUCAACUGUCCAGAGAAAGUGAUCAUCUGCUUAGACCUUUCCGAAGAGAUGUCUUUGCCAAAGUUGGAGUCUUUUAAUGGGACUAAAACGAAUGCCCUGAACAUAUGCCAGAAGAUGAUUGAAAUGUUUGUCAGAACUAAACACAAGAUUGACAAACGCCAUGAGUUUGCCCUGGUAGUAGUCAAUGAUGACGCUCUGUGGUUGUCAGGCUUCACCUCUGACCCCAGGGAGCUGUGCAGCUGUCUGUAUGACCUUGAGACCAAUGUGUGCGAGUCCUUCAACCUGGAAGAUCUUCUUAAUGUAAUUCGUCAGAAGAUCGAGCUCCCGUUGAUGGAGAAUGUUCAGACCAUCCCUCCUCCAUAUGUGGUGCGGACUGUGCUCAUUUACAGCCGUCAUGCAGGACAGCUUCAGUUAAACCCCUCCGAGGCUGUUAGUAAAAUGCUGCAGUCUCCAUAUUUUUUCUUUGAUGUGGUCUACCUACACAACGGAGUGGAGGAGCAGGGGGAUGAGACCAGCUGGAGGGACAACUACACCUCUUUCUGCAACCUGGACACAAAGGGCAUGUGCUAUCGUUUUGAGGUUGCCCUGAGUGGACCCGCCAUCGAGCUGCACAACUGCAUGGCCAAACUUCUGGCUCACCCUUUACAAAGACCUUUCCAGAGCCAUGUGUCAUACAGUCUGCUGGAGGGGGAAGACCCCCAGGACAUUGAGGCAACGGUGUAAAACGGCACGCACUCCUAAAGCCCUGUUUCUCUGUGAAAUUCACACACUGUAGUUUAUCAGAAAAGAGCAGGGGUUUCCAAGUAUACCUUUUUACUGAGGGGUUUUCCUUUAAAAGAAGUAUGGCUGGAAAACAGGCAUACUGCUAAAGAAAGAGUGAAAGGGUUUCAGCAGGUUACUAUUAACUAAUAAUAAUUGUGUUUCCAUAAAAUAAUGAAUGAGUCAUCGAUUGAUCUAAGCUGGGGAAGUAAUAAAAUGAUCUGGUUGUUAGCUCUAAAACUGCAGGAGGUCUCCUGAGGAUGAGAUGAUGAAGCAGAUGUCAGAGAGUCCAGGAACAGGACACAAGUAGAAGGAGAAGAUAAAGAAAGAAUAAAAAAAGGAAGACGUCAUGGUUAAAUCAUCAGGCUUUAUUAAAUUAACUCCCUUACCAUUUGUUUUUUCUUUUAAAUAUUAGACCACAAUGAUCUGUCUGUAAGUCUUAAAGGGUAAAAUCAGUGCAAACCUGUGACAGUUUUCCAUGGCUGGCCUUUUGAGACUUAGAAGUGAUGAACUGAAAUAUGACUUCUGUAUCAUGGAGGUCACAACUUCUGUAACAUUGCCUUUCCUUUUAGUUGGUCAUUUCCACCUCUUGUUGCCUGUUUUAAUGUAUUUUCUACUUGCUCAAUCAUUUGUUCAUUUGUCACCCUUGUAUGUUACACAGACCAAGAAAGAAUGUACAGUAAUGUAGACGUGGCCCUUCUUUUGUUAAUGAUCUCUAUGGCAUUGAUGGAUCGAUUGUAAAAAAAAAAAAAAAAAAAAAAAAAAAAAAAAAAAAAAGGCCCCUCGUACUGCCAGUCUAACUGCACUUGUACAGAUGAGCUUUUUGAAGCUGUUUCUGGAUAUUAAAAAAGGCAUGUUUAAUCAUGUUUUUCAUGUUCAUAUUUGCUUUCCACGUUUUUGUCAGGAGAUGGCAGCAAAUUCUCUCUAGAGAUAACUAAAUUCAAAGGCCUUGACAAAAAGCUACUGUCGUCCAUGAGAGUAGAGAAUAGUCAAAUCUUUUUUAUAGGUACUUCAAACUAUGUUCCAUCAAUUUCCGUCAUUUUUUCUUGAUUUGAUCAGCUUUCUGUUUGGUUAAACUUUUCUGCUUAGAUCUCCAGACAUCUUCAUUGUUAAGCUUCAUAAUCAGCGUCACUCUCAUUUCUGAAUCUGCAGGCCUAUAUGACAGCUUGAUUAAGCAGUUACUGCAGCUUCUGUUGAAAACCUUAUCUGUUAUCCACUUUUGGCAUGAAUAUUACUUCAAUAGUAAAGAUAUAUUUUCCUUUCA